UGCUCGGCUCCGCUCCUUCCUUCGCCUCCUUCCGACGAUUUAUCCCCCCCCACCUCCUGUUUUCCAUCCCCCCCCCUCCCCUCUUUCCCGGAUCAGGCGGCGAUCCAUCCUUUCUCCCCGCCGCGUUCUGUCGAGAAACAGGUGACCCUCGUUAGCGGCGCCCGGUGCGCGGCUGCGGUUCGCUCCUCGAAGGAUGGUGGGACCGGGCGAGGCUCAACCCGCGUAACUUUUGCCCGGCGAGAGGAGAAACUUUCUGCCCCGAUUCGAAGGCGUUAAAAGCACGCGGCGUUGAAAAGCAGAAGAAGUUGGUUUCAAAGCUGAACUUCACUUUCCUGGGAUUUGUGCGUGUCAGACUCAAAGGCUGCGUCGUUUUUGCUUUUCUUUUUUUUUGUGUUUUUGUUUUUUUUUUUUUCUUCCCUUCUCCCUUAUCUCCCGAAAGGAAGCUGUUGCUAGUCGGAAUAGACUUUUUAAAUGUUUGGGAUUCAAGAUACUUUAGGAAGAGGACCAAUUCUGAAAGAUAAAUCUCUAGGUUCUGAGAUGGAUUCCGUCAGGUCCUGGGUCAGAAACGUUGGGGUUGUGGAUGCAAACGUAGCAGCACAAAGCGGAGUAGCUUUGUCCAGAGCCCACUUUGAAAAGCAGCCACCCUCCAACUUGAGGAAAUCCAAUUUCUUUCACUUUGUUCUGGCUCUCUACGACAGACAGGGGCAGCCCGUGGAAAUAGAGAGGACAGCUUUUGUGGACUUUGUAGAAAAUGAUAAAGAGCAAGGCAACGAGAAGACGAACAACGGCACACACUACAAACUGCAGCUCCUCUACAGCAACGGUGUCAGGACCGAGCAGGAUCUCUAUGUCAGGCUCAUCGACUCGGUCACCAAGCAGCCCAUAACUUAUGAAGGACAGAACAAGAACCCCGAGAUGUGCAGAGUGCUGCUCACCCACGAAGUCAUGUGCAGUCGGUGCUGCGAGAAGAAAAGUUGUGGCAACAGGAACGAGACUCCGUCCGAUCCCGUGAUCAUCGACAGAUUCUUCUUAAAAUUUUUUCUCAAGUGCAAUCAGAACUGCUUGAAAACAGCAGGAAACCCAAGAGACAUGAGACGGUUCCAGGUUGUGCUAUCAACAACAGUGAACGUUGAUGGGCACGUGCUGGCAGUGUCUGACAACAUGUUUGUUCACAACAACUCCAAGCACGGCCGGAGAGCGAGGAGACUCGACCCCUCAGAAGCCACCCCCUGCAUCAAAGCCAUCAGCCCCAGCGAAGGGUGGACCACGGGCGGGGCCAUGGUCAUCAUCAUCGGGGACAACUUCUUCGACGGGCUGCAGGUCGUGUUUGGGACCAUGCUGGUGUGGAGUGAGCUCAUCACCCCUCACGCCAUCCGAGUCCAGACGCCUCCCCGGCACAUUCCCGGCGUGGUCGAAGUGACAUUAUCCUACAAAUCCAAACAGUUCUGCAAAGGUGCACCAGGAAGGUUUAUUUACACAGCUCUAAAUGAACCUACCAUAGAUUAUGGCUUCCAAAGACUGCAGAAGGUCAUCCCAAGACAUCCUGGUGACCCUGAAAGACUAGCUAAGGAGAUGCUGUUGAAACGAGCUGCUGACCUGGUGGAGGCCCUGUAUGGGACACCCCACAACAACCAGGACAUCAUCCUGAAGAGAGCGGCCGACAUCGCCGAGGCCCUGUACAGCGUUCCCAGGAAUCCCGCCCAGCUCCCGGCGCUGUCCAGCUCCCCUGCCCACAGCAGCAUGAUGGGCAUCAACUCCUACGGCAGCCAGCUGGGCGUCAGCAUCUCCGACUCCACCCAGGGCAACAACCAAGGUUACAUCCGGAACACCAGCAGCAUCUCCCCCCGGGGUUACUCCUCCAGCUCCACCCCCCAACAGUCCAACUACAGCACCUCCAGCAACAGCAUGAACGGCUACAGCAACGUGCCCAUGGGCAACCUGGGCGUGCCGGGCUCGCCGGGCUUCAUCAACGGCUCUCCCACGGGAUCACCCUACGGAUUGAUGUCCUCCAGCCCCACAGUUGGCUCCUCCAGCACUUCUUCCAUCCUCCCCUUCUCCUCCUCCGUCUUUCCUGCUGUCAAACAGAAGAGUGCCUUUGCUCCUGUCAUCAGACCCCAAGGGUCUCCUUCCCCUGCCUGCUCCAGUGGCAAUGGAAAUGGGUUUAGAGGGUUAAAAAAAACCCCCAAACAACACAAGUUUAGUUCUCCUUUGCAUCUCCUCUCCUGAAAUUGGAAGGUGAGAACCAGUCUGAUAAAAUAAAUCACUGCUUAUCUGACUAAACCACUCAAAAGCACUGGAUUGUUGGAAAGUCAUUUUUAGUGGAGGAAAAAAAAAAUCAGUUCCACUGCAGAGACCCCACUAAAACCCCACAAUUCCCAUAGAGAGCUGUCCCUAUGGAAAUGCCUGGAUGUUAAUAAAUAAACCUUCAUAUGGCCCCUUGAACCUGUGCUUGUCCAUGUGCCCAGUAGCUUUAGGGAUGGGUGAGGAAAACUGUGUCCUUGGUGAUCCUUAUCUGUGGUAGAAGAUGUUCUGGAUGUGGGAUAGUGGAGCUGGGACAACUUGGAACUCCCCUUUUCAGGGGUCAGCUGAUGGGAGAAAUGUGUUUAAUGUGUUUAAAUGGAUUUAGGAAACACAAGGAUGGGUUUCUUAACCAGGGCAGAAGAGGCAAACUGGGCUGCUCUGCUCGUUCCUGAAGAUGUUCCACUUUUUGGGAAGGAAUUUUCUAGCCCUGGCUGGGCUGGGAGGUUUGGUGGGGUCUUCCUGAGGUGCCUUCUCAGUGCUGUUAUAUUCCACUUUAAAAGGGGGCAGCGGGUUUAUUGCCUUCUAAAACUCAAGGCCUGGUCUAUCAUAUCGGAUUAGAGGUGAUUUUAGGGAGGUUUGGUGGGAAUAAUGUGUUUUUAAGCAGCAUGAACAUAGUUAGGGGCUUCCAGCCAGGCUGCACCAAGUGUCUGCACUCCAGAAAAAAAGAUGAAAUAAAAGAAUUUCAGCUUUCUGAUUGACACUGUGGGUUCUUUGUGCCAUCAAGGAUGGGGCAACCAGCAACCCCAAAGCCAAGUGAUCCCUGGAAUAUGAAGGAAUCCCAGGAAUUGGGAAGCCUGGAGCUGUCACUGUAGGUUCACCUUUGAUAGCACAGGGUCUGACCUGCUCGUGGAUGUUCAAAACAGCAAAACAGCCACAAAAAAACCCUCCAAAGCCCCAAAAUAUUUCAUACAUUCAUAGGUACCAACACCCCAGCGAGACUGGGAGGUCUGAAUUCGUGUUUGGGAUCGGGCAUAAAAACCCAGAUUGAGGGUUUGUAGAGCUGGGAUUAAACCUUCCAUAAAUUUCAGUGAAAACUACAUUGAGCCCCAGAUUUAAAUUAUCUUGGACCAGGCUCAUUUUGAUAUUUUGACCUACUAAAACACCCCAAUCAGCUCCAAAACAUUACAAUGGUGGAUUUUUUCCCCCCCUGCCCUUCUCUGCACGGGCUACUUUUAAAAUUUAUCAUCAAACAGACACAAAAUUCCAAGUCCAACAAACAUUCCAGACCAACAGAAAUUUCUAGACCCCCUGCUACUUUUUUUUUAUUUUUUGUUUUUUUAACAAAUAAGACUUUCAUUACAAAAUCUCAAUCAGAAAGAUUUCCAAUUUAAAAACAAAAAAAAAAUGAGAUAUUUCAUGGCAAACCCCCCUCUUUGUCCAGCCUUUAUUUUUUGAUUAUUGCUUAGUCAGCACAGGCACGUGAAAAAAAGAUCCACCACAUCACUGAAGGCUUGGGAAGAUUCAGGGGAAAAAUUUACAGGCUGGCAAUUAAAAAAAAAAAACAAAACAAAAUAAGGAAAGUUCCUGAAACAUUCCACAUUCCUGUCACACUUCAGUUGGUUUUAUGAGCUCUGUCCAGUUGCUCGAGUUGCCACAGGGGGAAAAGAAAACCUCCCUAGGAAGCUGCUCCAAGUUUUUACAGGAAGUGUUGAUGCAAACAUGGAAAAAUGACCUCUCCUGGUUUGAUUGGAGCCAAAAAAAAAGUGAGAAUAAUUAAAUAUAGGAAUGAUUUAGAGCGUGAGUUUUGCUCAGGAGUGGAAAUCACGGUGCUGGAGGUGAUGGAGGGGAGAACACACUGGGAGCUUCCCAGGGAAAAAGGUGUGUAAAUAAAUCAAUCCAAUCCUCAACCAUGAAAGGAGGACUUUGGCACUGGCAAAACACCCAACAAAAGGGACAAAAAAAAAAAAUAAUAAUGUAAAAAUUGAUGUGUAGGGAUAUUUUCUUUUUCAGUGUAAUGAGCAAAUCUGUCCUCUUUUAGUUCUUGCUGUCAAAACUUUCCUCUCUGCCACCAGAAAGGUGAAAGUGUCACAAGAGGUGACUGCAAAUUUUACCAGAACUUUGGAAGGGUACCUUUGAUUUCCUUAUUUAUCUUGGUAGAGCAUCUUACUCUCCCCUGUUUCUUUGCACACUUCCAAUAUGCAUGGUUUUCUCAAAACCUCCUGUAAAUUAAGGCCUCAUUCCUCUCCCUCCUGUAUAGUUUUGGGGUUGGUUUGGGGUUGGCUGGUUGGUUUUUUUUUUUUGGUUUCUUUGCUUUGUCAGUUAUCCACAGUAUGAAGUUGCUAUGCACAGAGCUUUUGUAAAGAUAGGCUUUUUUUGGGGGGUUGUUUUUUGUUGUUGUUGUUGUUUUGUUUACUGUUUUUAACGGUCCUACUUAUGGAAGAAUAUCUUGUUUGUAAAAUGAAUUAUGUCUACUUCAGUUUUAA